AUGUGUGGGAUUCUGGCCGUCCUCGGCGUCUCCGAGAACUCUCAGGCGAAAAGGUCCAGGAUUAUUGAGCUGUCCAGAAGGUUGCGCCACAGAGGGCCUGAUUGGAGUGGGCUUCACAAUCAUCAGAAUUGUUAUCUUGCUCAUCAACGUUUAGCUAUUAUAGAUCCUACUUCGGGGGAUCAACCACUCUAUAAUGAAGAGAAAACAGUUUUUGUCACGGUUAAUGGGGAAAUAUAUAACCAUAAAGACCUCAGGGAGAAGCUGAAGUCUCAUGUGUUUAGAACAGGAAGUGACUGUGAAGUCAUUGCUCAUCUGUAUGAAGAAUAUGGAGAAGAGUUUGUGAAUAUGUUGGAUGGAAUGUUCUCUUUUGUGCUGCUUGACACCCGUGAUAAUAGUUUCAUUGCUGCUCGUGAUGCCAUUGGUAUUACUCCUCUUUACAUCGGCUGGGGUCUUGAUGGAUCUACUUGGUUUGCUUCGGAAAUGAAAGCUUUAAGUGAUGACUGUGAGCGAUUCAUGACUUUUCUACCUGGUCACAUCUAUUCAAGCAAAAGUGGAGGGCUCAGAAGAUGGUACAACCCACCAUGGUAUGCGGAGCAGAUACCUUCGGCUCCUUAUGAGCCCCUUGUACUGCGAGCGGCCUUUGAGAAGGCUGUUAUCAAGAGACUUAUGGCAGAUGUACCUUUUGGGGUACUUCUAUCAGGCGGUCUUGACUCAUCCCUUGUUGCUUCUGUGGCCUCUCGAUAUUUGGCUGAUUCUCCAGCUGCACAGUGGGGUACACAGUUGCAUACCUUUUGCAUUGGCUUAAAGGGUUCUCCAGAUUUGAGAGCUGCAAGAGAAGUGGCAGACUACCUUGGUACUCGUCACCAUGAGUUCCAUUUCACAGUGCAAGAAGGAAUUGAUGCUUUGGAGGAGGUGAUCUAUCAUAUUGAGACAUAUGACGUGACUACCAUCAGGGCCAGCACACCUAUGUUCCUUAUGUCUCGAAAAAUCAAAUCACUGGGAGUUAAAAUGGUUUUAUCUGGUGAAGGCUCCGAUGAAAUCUUUGGUGGUUAUCUGUAUUUUCACAAGGCGCCCAACAAGGAGGAGUUUCAUGAAGAAACAUGUCGAAAGAUCAAAGCGCUUCAUCUGUAUGACUGUUUGAGAGCUAAUAAAGCAACUUCCGCGUGGGGUCUUGAAGCUCGUGUUCCGUUUUUGGACAAGGAAUUUAUCGAUGUUGCGAUGGGUAUUGAUCCGGAAUGGAAAAUGAUAAGACCUGAUCUUGGACGAAUUGAGAAGUGGAUUCUGCGCAACGCGUUUGAUGAUGAGGAGAAACCUUAUUUGCCAAAGCACAUAUUAUACAGACAGAAAGAACAGUUUAGCGAUGGAGUUGGAUACAGUUGGAUUGAUGGCUUGAAAGAUCACGCUAACCAACAGGUUACGGAUGCAAUGUUAGCGAAUGCAAAUUUUGUUUAUCCCGAGAAUACCCCUACAACGAAAGAGGCAUACUACUAUCGAACCGUCUUUGAGAGAUUUUUCCCUAAGAAUGCGGCGAGAUCGACAGUUCCAGGGGGUCCUAGUGUAGCGUGCAGUACCGCAAAGGCUGUAGAAUGGGACGCUUCGUGGUCUAAGAAUCUCGACCCGUCUGGUCGAGCAGCGCUCGGAGUUCACGUUGCUGCGUAUGAUGAGGCAAAGAUGGCCGGUGAGUGUCUGGCCGCAAAUGGCUCUCCCAAAGAGUAG